AUGACAGACAAGAAGAUUUUGGACGGAAUGGCAAAAAUGGCAGCAAAGAAAAACAAGGCACUCAAAGGCAUCAAAGCGAUGAAACUUAAAGAUCUGAAACCCCCUGAAAUUUCCACGAAGUUAAUUCCACCCGAGAAAAUACAGACGUCCAUGAUCAUUACCCUCACAGUUGGUGGGAAAAGUUUUAUUGGUGGAAAUAUGGAGAUCACCAUGAAAACCAAAAUGGACAUCAUGAUUAAGAUGACGAAGCACCCCACAAAGAACAUCGGGAUAGAGAAAACUGGGUGUGAACUGCAUCUGCUGGCCUACAAAACCAACCUUCCCAGCAACAUGCUACCAAAGGUGUUGAAUAAAUUUUUGAAUUCCACCCUUGAGAAACUCCUGCCUGGCAUGAUGUGCCCAGCUGCAGACAACGUGAUUGCCUUUAUGGAGACAAAAAUAGAACCAAUGUUUGAAAAAAAAUCUUUUGGAGAGAGCAGCACAGUGUGGUAUGAAGUGGCCGAAGAACCAGGGGUCUUCCCAGACUACAACUUGAUUCAGCUCAAGGUUAAAUUCCAAGCCAAUAAUGGGGACAUCGUAGAAGUCGCACCUGAUCCGGUUCCUGAAGAUCUGCCACCAAAAGAGGAAGGAAAAACCACGGUCUACAUACCUGUGUCUACCAUCAACGUUGCAAUGAUGUUGAUGGAUGGCUCGUUCAACUCUGUUAUUACCAAAAUUGAGGGUUCCACUCCUACGACUGACCAGCUGAAAGAAAUAUUGCCAGAUGCUGAUCUACCUUCUGGAAAAGACAUGAAAAUUGAAAUAUCUCCAAAAGUGAAUGCCACGUUUACUGUGUCGCCUACCAGAAGCCACAUGACAAUCAGAAUCAAAGCCUCAUUCUUGUCUGUUGAAGAUGGCGCUGAGCUCCUGUCCGUGGACACGGUGCAGGAAUGCAAUGCCAGUUUUGCCAUCAAAGAGGAACACCUGGCCGUCACUCUGAAAGCGGGAUCUUGCAGAUCAACAGAGAUUUCUUCCCCUGCUGGAAAC